AGGAAUUUCGUGCAAGGCAGGAUCGGUGAGCGCUGUAGUUACGCAACGUAUAGACAGAGAGAUGUUCAGAUAGAUAAUAAAAUUAACGAUCGAUCUUCGACAUUGUGCAAACAAACCGGAUCAUCUGUACACUCCCGUUUGGACUCUAGAGAUGCAUGCACAGAACGAUGUAUGCGGCAAUAGAGAAGAUGUCGGCGUCUCUCAUCCAAAUUGGCCUCACGCCAUUCAUAUCAGCUGGUUUGAUUGCAUUUUUGCUAUCAUUUAUUCUGGUUCGAUCGGGGAGGGGUAAGAAGUACAGGAAUCUACCACCCCGUGGCCCUCGUGAAUGGCCGGUUCUCGGGAGCCUACCAAGUCUGGCAGGCAAAGACAUGCCACAUGUUAUUAUCGCCAACAUGGCCAAGAAGUAUGGACCAAUCUUCAGUAUGCAGAUGGGGUCGUUCUAUGCGGUAGUGCUUAGUGAUUAUUCUCUUAUUAGACAGGCGUUCACCAAAUCUAAUGAUGAAUUCAGUGACAGACCGAAGAUCACGAUGAUUGAGAACAUUGCAGAAGGAAAGGGUUUAAUUGUGUCCUACCUGAGCCAGAUGCAGACCGAGCACCGUAGAUUCUCACUCUCAGCUCUUCGAUCUCUCGGUAUGGGGAAGUUCAAAAUGGAAGAGACCAUCGCGGACGAAGCACGGGUUUUAGCGACAAGCUUCUCGAGGAGACGCUCGAAACCUUUCGUACCGUUUCAUGACAUCGUCGUCAGCGUUUCGAAUAUAAUUUGCUGGUUAAACUUUGGGAGGCGAUUUGACUACGACGACGAGGCCUUCAAGGGCAUCCUUGAAUCUGUCUUUGAAAGCUUUGAGAUCGCCGAAAUGGCAGGACUCUUUAACUUCCUACCAUUCUUGAGGUUUUUCCCAGGUAGUGGGGUGAAGCGGAUGUUGGAACUCCGAGCGAUAUUCGAUAAAUAUAUGAAACCGCUGGUGUGGAAAAUAAGCGAAGAGCAAGAGAAAAGUCGAAGGUCUCCUACGUGCUAUGUGGAAAUGUACACCGAACAGAUGAUAGAAGCAGAGCAUGAGACUCCUGGUGACCACACGUUCAGUAAGGAAAACCUGUAUAACGCAGUGGCUGAUCUUUUCGUCGCUGGAACCGAAACGACUGCAACAACCUUAAAGUGGGCCUUAAUGUACAUGAUACUGCAUCAGGAUGUUCAGGAAAAGGUGCAUAAGGAACUAGAUGAUAUUGUAGGACGAAAUCGGUUACCACGUCUAAUCGAUAGACCAAAGUUACCUUACACGGAAGCUACUUUGCUAGAGAUACAAAGAUUCGCUUCAAUCACACCGUUAGGAGUUCCGCAUGCGCCUGCCAAAGAUGUUGUCCUUAAUGGCUAUGACAUCCCAAAAGGAACUGUCAUCCUACCUAACCUAUGGGCCAUUCAUCAUGACCCAGACCUAUGGAAGAAUCCUGAUGGGUUCAAUCCAGACAGGUUUCUUGACCCAGAAACCAAGCAGGUUGUUCAGAGGGAGGAACUCAUUCCAUUUUCUAUUGGUCGUCGUAGAUGCAUGGGUGAACAAUUAGCCAAGGUGGAACUAUUUAUCUUCUUUACUCAUCUCUUGCAUCGCUUUAAAUUCGAAACACCAGAGGGCGCCCCUCCUCUAACAAUGAAAGCGAGGAAUGGAGCUACGCUGAAUCCAGAAGAGUUCGAAAUCUGCGCUUCUCUUAUUGAUGAUAUCAUGUAGUUUUUUUCACAUAAGAUAAAAAAAGGAUAUGAUAAAUGAACAAAUAAUGUACGUAAGUGCAAUCAUGAGGAAUUAAUGGAACUAAUGGUAUCAUAUGCAAGAAGAUAUGAUGGAUUUUCCCAAACCGAGGUCCGCAGAAGCGAACGUGGUAUGUUCUACAUGUAUUUCGAUCCAAGGAAUAUUUUCAGCAUCAAUGAGAUAUAUUUAGUUCUACUAAGACCAUGGACCCUCAUGGUGCAAACGAAGGAUUGGCAUUAAACACAAAAGUGGUAUUGGUGCUAUCGCCGGGGCUAGGAAUAUAUACCAUAAUGAUCGAAUUAGUAUGACAUUAUCGGAAUACAUUUAUUUCUUUCAUAAUUCAUCUCAUGGGCCUCGCAAAUUUUGAAUCCUCUCAUUUCACCCUUGUCUGAUUCACCCUAAUGAAAUAUCAUAGUUGCUUAGCAAUCCUCUUGUAUUAUUAUAACCUCCAUACUAGUCUGAAUAUCAUAUUUUGUGCUGAUUAUAUUUCAUAAAAUUUGAAAGCACAAUGUUAAUGAUGAGCAAUAAACUGAAUAAAUAU